AAAAGUAACUACAAGAAAUUUUUCGAUGAUACCACUACUUACCCAUCCGAUGGGUUUGACGUCAGCAAAUUCCCCUGGACUUAUGGGGUCAACUGGGACAAAACUGCGCCAAUAGUUGCGGCCAAGGUCAAGAUGAACUCGGAAGAGUUCAAAAAUCUAGCAGAGGCCAGGUUGAACUGCCAAAUUGUGGCUGCGAAUGUGCACAUUGACCAUGAAAAGCCAAACAUUGGAAUGGUUGACUUCCGAAUCAAAGCCAUCAAGGAUUGAAACGACAAAUAAAGGGACAAGUUCGAAUCCGUUAACUUGUCAUUACGUUAAAUUGCCAUAACGAUUGGCUAUUGACUCAAUUACUUCCCCUUUCGGCGCUCUGGCUCAUAAAUUAUUCCGGACUUCUUAUACUUCAAACUCAUCCAUCACCCGUAUUACAAAAAGAGGGUCAAAAAUGAUAAGGAUCAAUCUUAUUGUAUACUUAAAUAUAAUUAUAAUAAUUUAAGAUGUAUUUGAAACCCUUCAAUUUUGUAUAUGAAACAUGCAUAAGUAGUCUUCACGGCACCACCCACAAUUCUUGUUUUACCGAACAGGAGAAAAAAACAGUUCACCAGUUCUAAGAAAGAUGGACUCAAUUAUUACAGGCAAGAAACUGAUGUGAGAUUAACUACUGCUUUUAAAAGCAAAUUAGAAAAGCUUCAUAGUUUUGUUUUUGUGUAUUCAAUACGACAAUUUAAAAUUUUGAUAAAUUA